AUGGAGGAGGCUCUCGAAAAAAUAAGGCCUCAUACCUCCUCAUCACUACCCCACCAAAAGACACCCGCUAAUCUUCUCAUCGCACUUGAAUCUACCUUCAAGGACCAAAACACAGAGGCUACAUCUACAGCCUAUUUCGCCGCACUCUUAACCACAUUAGAUGGGACAAUCCAAAAAAAAGAUGUUUCCCUUGACGAUGGGGCCAUCCUUCCCGCUGAGCUAUACCUGCUGGCUCUAGUCGCUCCCUACGUACCCGCACCGGUUAUGCGAUCAAAUCUUAAUACUUUGCUCUCUCUCACAGCACCUCUAUUCCCUUCAUUGACCCAGCACGCCCCAUCUCUGAGAUCUCAACUUUCUCUCUAUCAUGCUAUUUUCCAUUCUGUGGACCGAUCGCAUUUGGAAGCCCAGGGUGUUCGCCAAACCUUUGCUUCAAUUCUGCAGCUGUGCAUAGAUCCUCGACCGAAAGUUCGCAAGAAGGCUGUCGAUGUUGUGAAGGAUGUGCUUGCCAAUCCUCCAACCCCGUUACUGCUGCAUCCAUAUGCCGAGAGAGUUGCUGAGUGGGCUUUAGCUACCUUGUCUGAAGUCAACGCAGGGCCUUUCGCAAAAGGCAAGUCUGCGAAGCAAACCGCUGCCCCAGGGGCAGAGAUAGCUAUACAUGUACUAGCGUUUUUACGUCCCAUAAUCCCCCAUCUCCCUUCAGAAGCGCUUCCUUCAAUCACGAAUAUCCUAUUGACUUUGCCUCGCCUCGGAAACACCUAUCUUUCACAAUCAUCGUAUUCCAUCCUGACAGAAAUAUUCCAAACGUCAGUUGAAGACGUUUCGACAAAUGUUGGAAGCCAGCUCUCCGAAGUCCUGAAAGUCGUUCUGUCCUCACUCCCUUCAAAGUCAGAUUCGACUCUUUCUGCCAGUUGGGUACAGGUGCUUGGUGGUGCCAUGGCGGCACAUUAUACACUCGAUCCGGACAAAGCCUCAAAGGAAGUCGGGAAAGUGUGGAAAAGUGUGUGGAAUUUCAUGGAUUCCACGGAUGUUGGAGUCCGGAAAGCGACUUCAGAGGCUUUAUGCUCUAUUUCAUCUUGCUUUUCAUCAACCCUGAUUUCUGCUGCUGUUUCUGACAAGGAUGGCUCUAGUACUAUACGCAAGAUUGUUGCACAGGUAUCAAAAGCUCUUGACUCACUGCAAUACGCUCGCGCUAUCCCUGAGAUCCUUUCCGUUAUCUCUGCAUUCAUCACCAACCUCCAAGUCAGGUCAUCGAAAACCUCGCCCACUGCAACAGAGUUGUUGCUCAUGCCCCUUAUUGUCAGAAUAGCUGAUCUAAGAAUAUCUAAGGGCUUCGAACACAAAGAGGCUGCAGAUUCUACACUCUCGGUUGCUAUGCGUAUCCUGGGACCUGAAGUUUUGCUGGGAACUUUACCUUUAAACCUCGAGCCAGGCGACCGAAAACCAGGUUCAGAACCUCGUGCCUUCCUUCUCCCUCUACUUGCUCAGCCACAUUCUUCACAUCUUUCCCAUUUUGUUUCGUACUUUGUCCCUCUGAGUGAAAGAAUGUUUGAUCUGCAACAAAAGGCCGAAACAGAAGGCCGCCAGGCAGAAGCUAAGAUGUGGAGCGUCCUUGUGGGACAGAUCUGGGCUGGAUUAUCAGGCUACUGCAUCGGUACAGCGAAUCUCAAGGAAUCAUUAAGCACAGGGUUUUCGCAGCUUCUUUCGCAGCUUUUGUACGGGCAGCCAGACCUUCGAGUUUCGAUUUUGAAGGCCUUGAAGAUAAUGAUUGACUCAAACCUGGUCCUUACUGAGGCAACUGAAGAAGAAAUGGUUUCUUCCACAGCAUUAAUCACGCAGCAAGAAGCCAAGGAUAAUAUUGAGUUCCUGCGCACCCAAGUAGAAAGUUGGCUUGCUGUACUGUUCAAUGUUUACGGUAGCGUUGGACGUGAUUCUCGUGGUCUCAUUGGAGAAGUCAUUGUGUCAUGGGCAUCAAUAGCUGGAACUCAGGAAAUCCACAAUGCAUUUUUAAAAGUAGUACAGCUCUUCAAAACCAGCCUUCCAAUGGCCCAGAAAACCUUGGGAAACAUAUCGUCCGCUGGAGACAUCGGCAAUAUGACGACAACCUCUCAAGAUAUCCUUAUCCUUCUACUGACUAACCUUUCAGUCACCGAUUCGCAGGCUCUGUUUGAAUUCACAUUGACCCCCGAGGUUCUUUCGUGCAAAGACAACGGCGUUCAAAAGCGAGGAUACAAGAUUUUGGCCAAAUUAGUGGAUGCCGGGGAUAUUGCCGUCGAUCCGGAAGUCGUCCUGCGGAAGUUGGAUGAUUUGACCGAGGGCUUGACUGCCGCUGCCAAGAAGGACCGAUUUAAUUUGUUGGCCUCUCUGAUUGAUUUGCUUCCAUCGUCAUCUCUUCACAUCAUCCCAUCUCUAAUCCCAGAAGUCGUUCUUGGGACCAAAGAACCGUCUGAAAAGGCGCGAACCGCUGCUUUCGAGGCAAUCAUUUCCAUGGGUAGAAAGAUGAGUGUUGGAGGAGUUGUUAAGAGGAGCAUGGUGGACGGCAUGGAAGAAGACGGUGCAGAAGACGCUGUCGCAAGUAUCGAGGAGUUCUUAACAAUGAUUGCUGGUGGGUUAGCAGGAGCAAGUCCACAUAUGAUUAGCGCUACCGUCACUGCCAUUUCUCGCCUGGUUUUUGAGUUCAAAGAGUCUAUCUCACCCAAUAUGCACAAUGAAAUUCUGACGACGCUUCUUGUGUUCUUAUCAUCUGCCAAUCGUGAAAUUGUGAAGUCCAUUCUCGGAUUUGUCAAACUUGCCAUCCAUACCCUUCCAGUCGAUCUUAUCCGACCUCACCUCAAGGAACUUGUACCAGCUUUGUUGAACUGGUCACACGAUCACAAAAACCAUUUCAAGGUCAAAGUUCGUCAUAUUUUCGAGAGGAUGCUUAGACGCUUCAGCUGGGACGAAAUCUAUUCUUGUGCAGGUGAAGAAGAGGCUGCUAAAGUUCUUGUUAAUAUCAAAAAGCGCAAGGAAAGAGCUAAACGUAAAAAAGCCAACAAAGCGGAAGCUGAUGAGGAUGACAACGAGCCCACACCUGCCAAAAUCACUACCGGAGACGCCUUUGAAGAUGUUCUGUACGGGAGUGAAAGUGAACUUGAUGACAGCGACGACGAGCAGGCAGCAGAUGCUGCACCCUCUAGUUCUAAGAAAAAGAAUAACUCUCGAGGUGACGUGAGAUUGCGAUUAGAUGGCGAUGAGCCCAUAGAUCUUCUGCAGGGCGCUGCAACACAUUUAACAAAUGCAAAUUCAAAUCGUCGUCGCCAGCCUGGUAAAGAUGCUGCGCGCUUCAGGACAGACGAGGACACAGGGAAGAUGAUUAUCGAUGCCAACUCUGAUUCUGAAGGACCCCCUGAAGGACCCCCUAAUGAAAUUGGAGCUACCGAUGUUGCUGGAACAGCAUAUCGGGAGAGCAUGGUUUCUGUCGAUGGUUUCACCCGUGGUCCUAAUGGUAGGAUCAAAUUCCACAAGGACACAAAAAAGCGGAGGAGAGAGGAAGAAGCCAUGGAUGUCGAAAUGGCUGAUUCUGAAGAGGUGACUGGCUCCAAACCCAAAAAAUCGAAGAAAAAAUCGGAAGUCAAUUUUGGUCAUGAAUUCAAAGCCAAGAAAGCUGGCGGUGAUGUCAAGAAGGGAGGUGUGGAUCCAUAUGCCUAUCUUUCACUUUCCCAGGCAGCAAAAUCUGGACGCAAAAGUGGUAUUUCAGGCAAACGAUGA